AUGGAAGUUAAUGGGCUCUUGAGUCUCAAAGAUAUCGAGGGUAUCCACGUUGAUCAAACUUUGUCUGACUUUGAUAAGCUUUUACUGAUUGCUGAAGUUGCUUCUUCGAAGUAUGAGGCACAAGAAAAAGAAGAAAAAAAGUACAAAAGGAAGGAAGCAAAUCACAGGAUGAAGAGAUCAAACAAGCGGCGGAAGCUGGAUAUGGCCACCCUUCCAAUGCCACCGCCGGAGUUGCCUGAAGAAUUCAAGGAGCGUAUCAAGGCAUUGGGUGGAACCCAAGUGGAGAUGGUGAUUGAAAAAGCCCUUUAUCCAUCUGACUGGGAUACGAACAAAUGUCGAUUAUCCAUGCCUUUUGGGAAGGCCAAGGAAGGUUUCUUGACAGAGGAAGAGAGCACACAUCUUGCAAAACCAAAAGAAACGAUAAUAGUGCCGUUCAUCGAACCCUCCGGUAAGUGCGAUAAGAUGACUUUGGGGCGGUGGGACAUGAAGAAAAGCUCAAUCUAUGUGCUGAAGACUCAUUGGAACAUGGUUUUGAAAGAGAAUGGACUCGGGCAAAAUGAUGUGGUCCAAGUUUGGUCUUUUCGGGUUGGCACUGAGCAACAACUCUGCCUGGCUCUUGUUGUGGUUAGUAGCUCAGGUUGCAACCAUGGAGGAAGAGAUGGAGGAGAGGCUGAAGAAGAUGCCGGUACUAGCUACAAAGCCAAUUAG